CAUCCCUUGCAAACCCGAUGAAAAUCAUUUAAUAAAUAUGCCGCCAAUUCAUUUACUAAGGCUGCUGUUUGCAAGCGCACUCUUGUUCGCGACCUGGCAUGUUUCUCGCGCUGAUGACAUCGCAUCGCAGGCUUCGAUAACCACCUCAGAUAACAUACCGCAAAUGAAAUACUUCUUUUUAAACGAGGUGACGGGCGCGACCCAGCUGACGGACCCCGGGAACACGCCAUAUGAGGACGAGCAGACUGGCGAGCUUUACUGGCUGGCGGAGGACGGCGUGACGCGGUUGGCACAGGACCCCAACAGGCUGCGCUUUGCGUGGAUUGAGACCUACUCGCCGGAAGCAAAGCGCUCCUUCUACUUCAAUCAGGUGACUCGCGAGUCAACCUGGGAGCGGCCUGCGGACCUAGCCUGGCGGCGGCUGAGAGCGGAGGAAUGAGUGGCUGACUAGAGGGAAGACCUGGACGAGUGAGGCAGGCAGCAGCAAAGGUAGAUGCAGGAGCUGGCAAGAGUGGAGUCACUGGAGUGGGUCAAUCCGACCAGUCGACAGCAUGGGUAGAUGCGUGGCAUGUUACGGUUUCGGGCGUCAAGGGCACAUAAUCGAGCGCGUUAGCGGCUAGACAUCGUGAAUGUUUGAGGCAUGAUGUGGUCGUUACAGUUCCCGCCUCCUAUUUGGUAGGCAUUGCUGUGCGCGUGGGGUUGGUCGGGUUGCUUUCCCCGCGCUGGCACGCCACGCUCCAACUCACAAAUUCUUACGCAAUUCUUGUACUACAUGCGCACAUAACUAUGCUUGGGACGUCCCGGUGAUAUUCAGGACGUGGUGUAAGAAACAUUUGACGACCUCUCGCCGCGCUCCGGCUUUGUGGUACAAUUGUUGAAUGUUGUCUGCC